AUGGCCAGACCAACCCGCGCGGCCGCCAGUAAACGCCGCGUCUCCAUCGUCGAGUCCGACACGUCCGUCAUUGUCAUCUCGGACUCUGACGACAGCGACGCGUUUGAACCCCCAGCGUCACCACUGUCGUCGCCGCCCGGAUCACCGGUGGGCGAGUCCGAGUCCGACUCUGAGCCCGAGCCCGAGCCCGUGGUGGUGUCCGACAGCGACUCGGAGGGGUCCAGCUCCAAGCCCAGGGGGCGGGGUACGAAGCGUAAGCGCGGUACCGCGGUAGGUCCCAAGAAGCCGGUCAAGAAGGAAGGCGGCGAGGUGGACAUUGAAGACUGCGUGCCCCGCCCGCAUGCGCGGGCUUACCACGGGAUCGACGACGUGGUCAAGCUUCAAGAUGAGCUGUUGGGCUGGUUUGAGACUGUCAGGGACGAACGCGGCAUGCCAUGGCGGAAACGGUACGACGCAGCAGCGUCAAGGGAGGACAAGGCCCAGCGCGCUUACGAGGUGUGGGUCUCCGAGGUCAUGCUCCAGCAGACCCAAGUGGCCACCGUCAUCGACUACUGGACGCGAUGGAUCGCACGCUGGCCGACCGUCCAGGACCUCGCGCGCGCAGACAUUGAGGAGGUGAACGCCGCAUGGCGUGGGUUGGGGUACUAUCGGCGCGCGAAGAGUCUGCUGGACGGCGCCAAGACUGUGGUGGAGACGAAGAGGUAUGAAGGCCAACUGCCAAGCGACCCCGAGGCCCUCGAGAAGGGCAUCCCUGGCGUGGGGAGGUAUACGGCCGGUGCCAUCUGCUCGAUCACGUACGGCGUGCGCACCCCAAUUGUCGACGGCAACAUCCACCGCGUCCUCACCCGCCUGCUCGCAGUACACGCAACCCAGACUGCGCCGUCGACCAUAAAGUUCCUCUGGGACACCGCGGCCGCCCUCGUUGACGCCUUGCCGCGCGGCCUCAGCCGCGGUGUCGCUGGCGACUGGAACCAGGCGCUCAUGGAGCUCGGCGCGACGGUGUGCAAGCCCGUCAACCCAGACUGUGACAAGUGUCCCUUGAAAGACGGGUGCAAGGCGCUCAAAGAGGUUUCUGCCUCACCGCCACCACCUCCGCCGGGUGCCGAAUGUGACUUGUGCGAGGCCGUUCCCUGCGAAGCGGGGGCCACAACCAUCCCCUCCGUCACCGUGUUCCCCAUGCGCAAAGCCAAGAAGGCGUCCCGAGAGGAGAACGAGGUAGUGGUUGUGACUGAGUGGCGGGGCAAGGAUGACGCGAAAAGGUGGCUGCUGGUGAAGCGACCCGAGAAGGGUCUGCUGGCUGGUCUGUUCGAACCUCCCACCACACCAGUCCCAUUGACAGCAACCGUGGAUGAGCGCCUCCACUCUGGCCACACCCACCUGUCCACUUUACUGGACACCCCCUCCCUCGAACCCGACUCGCACACCACUGUCGAUGCUGUACCACACAUCUUCUCGCACAUCAACAUGACGUACCACGUCCAGCACCUCGUCCUCACGUCCGACGACGCCGCGCCACCUGACACGGCGGCGACCGCCGCUCGUCCAAUGGUCUGGCUCGACGCGCAAGGUGUGGAGGCGGCCAACGUAGGGACGGGAGUGAAAAAGGUCUGGGCGGCGGUGUAUGGCAAGUGGGGACACUUUGAACCUGCCAAGGCCAAGACUGGAAAGCCCAAGCCUGGAAAGCCCAAGGCUCAAAAGCCCAAGCUUUCCGAGAAACAGGCUGCCAAGAAAAAGGCUACCAAGAAAAGGGCGGCGCAAGCGAAGGCUGCGGCGCGGAAAGCGAAAGCACAACCCAAGAAGCCAGCGGCUGCGGUGAAGAAGGAGAAGGCGACAGUCGUGGUGAAGAAGGAGAAGGAGACAGAUGCCGUAAAGGAGACAGUUGCGGUGAAGAAGGAGAACGUUGUGGUGAAGAAGGAGCCCGGCGCCAGCGACAAUGACAAGGUGACACGCAGGGUGACACGCAAGAUAUCGAUGCCUGUUGUGAAGCUCGAGCCAAUGUAG